AUGCCGUUUCGGCCAACAAAAAGGGCCAAGUUUAUGUGGAGGUGUAUGAGAGCUGCAGUCUGUUGGACUAUUUGGGAGGAGAGAAAUUCACAAAUAUUUACAGAUAAGGAGAGAAGUUUGGAAGCAAUGCUGGAGGUCAUCCACAUUAGGGUUAUACACUGGCUGAAAACCUUGGCUCUGUUCGCAGAAUUCUCAGUUGAUGAGCUGCAAAGAAAGUGGAAGGAGAUAGCAGAACUUGUUCYAAUGARGAAGGCCUCAAAUKUUUGUUGGAUCCCCCCACCCCAUGACUUUGUUAAACUGAACUUUGAUGGCAGCAGCUUGGGCAAUCCAGGGCCAUCCGGAAUAGGAAGAGUAAUAAGAGAUGAACAAGGGAAUCUGUUAGCUAUGUAUUUUGGACCACUUGGGGUGGGAGAUUCUUUGAGAGCUAAGAUUCUUGCAGCUCUUGAAGGGGUACAAAGAAUCAAGGAUAUGAAUAUUAACAAGCUGAUCAUAGAAGGAGAUUUUGAAGUGGUACACUGGCUGAAAGAGGAUAGUCUUAGACUUUGGAAUUACAAUAAUGAAAAGAGAGCUAAGAUUGUUUAG